CACUGGGAUGUACGGGUGACGGUCUCGACCCUUCGAGACCGUCUCGCGGAGACCAAGUUGGAUCGACAUGCGGGCUGAGUCUAAAUCAGUCUAAAUGUUGAAAAAAAGUAAAGUUUGCCAUGUUCGGACCAUUCAUGGUAGCGAACUGAAUCACGUGUUAGCCUCCUAUCCAAUGAACUCACAAACCUAGCUGACGUUUGCCAUUUCAGACUUGUCGUGACAUGUUCCAGUCGGCUGGGGAAAUUUUGGAAAUGUGGAUUCUAUUCGUUAUCGCCAUAACCACGCGCUAUUAAUCAGAUAUAUUUUUUUUGCAGAGCGUUAGCGAUACUUAUUUCCAAGGAAUGUUUUACUACAUUGCAAAGAAAACAUAGAAAAUACUUUUAAAAAUGAGGUCAGUUUGAUUCCUUUAGGCAAUUAGCAAUUAGCUGUAGCCCUGCCAUCCUCAUGUGCUUGGCCACCAUAAUUAAUACCUAGGAGCAGACAUGGAUCAAGAUUGAUUUGGCAACAAUCUUAAUGAAAAUCCCCAGCAAGUGUUCCAUCUGAGAUAUUUUCCGCUGAAUACCUAAUGAAGAAUCAGACCGAGUUCGCGACCAGUCAUGUAAACCCGUUAACCAUUAACGAUCGUUCAUGUUCAAAACCGGAGGAAUAGAAAGCUUUCUAAUGGCCAUGGUGGCUUCGUCAGUAGUCAAGUACAAUCCCCCCGUAAAUUUCAAUGACCGAGCGAGCGGAGACUCCAAUAAUCAAGUUGAAUUAUCACUGCUCACCGGUGGAAGGCUACGAACAUCAUCGAUGGCGUCAUCGAGAUCGGAGCAGUAUUUCACACUUGGCACAUCAUCUACCACUUGCUCCCGUCCCGCCGCCACCGACAACAACAACAACACCAACAACAAUAGAAGACAAUGGCAGUAGUAAUGGCUUUGAAAGUGCUGAAGAAGACGAAGAUGAAGAAGAAGAAAGCGAAAAAGAUUUGUCUUCAACAAGAUCGUCGUCGGGAUUCGGAUUGUGUUCACGAUGCCCGCCGGGAUUUGGAGUAGCUCGUCGGUGCACCCUCGUCCGGGAUACAGUGUGCCAUUCGUGCCCGCAAAGCUACUACGCUCCAAGUUAUUCAAGAAAGCAUGCAUGUUGGCCAUGCUCAAAAUGCGGAGAAGGAUUGUAUGAGGUCCAGCCAUGUACAGGGACAUCAGACACGGUCUGCGAGGCAUGUCCCAACUCAUCACCUCACCACUCUGCUGCGAGGACCCACAGCAACCAAAUUGCAAAUAAGAAACAUUACAAGUAUCCAUGUGGACCCCAACACCAUCAUCAUCGUAGCAACCAUCAGCAGAAUGGCCCACCAUCAUCAUCACAGCAGCAGCGAAACCUGCUUUCCACACUGACAAUAGAUGUAGGAACAAUAACCAACAGUUCGUCGACAGCUACGCCAGCAACUUCGGCCUCUUUUCCUUCAGAAAUAACCGAAAUGGGCGAAGAAGACGAGGUGGCAUUAGGGGUUGCACAACUGGCGGCAUUCCAAGUCGUCCUUAUAUUCACAGCCGUAGCCGCUAUCUUGGCAUUAACGUGCCGGCUUCGUGUUUUUUCAAGUCACGAACCUGCCCGCCUGAAGUUGACUGAAACCUACCGGGACGAUGGAGUGGCUCUAAUUGAACAGUUAUCUGAAUCUUAACAGGACGAGAACUAAUAUUUGAAAAUUUUAUUAUUAUUAAUAAUUAUUGUUCUUAUUGCAAGUUGAUUUUAAAAAAUAAGAGUUCCGAUUGUGGCAGCUGUCUGGUUUCUGUUUAUAAUGACAUGUUCACUCUAAAUAUUGUAUAAUUACAGCACUUGUAUACAACAAAUUAUAUGACUUCUGCUAAUUUUAA